CGAACCAGCUCAGGUCCUCAUUCCCCACCCUCUUCGCCUGUUGUUCGUUUUCUUCGUCCGCCCGACCAACCCUAGCCGCAUUCCGCUGGAAUCCGCCGCAAUCCAGGUCGCGACGGCGACGGAGGCGUCGGCGCCAGCGGCGAGCGGCGGGGCGACGCGGCGGAGCCACCCGUUCCCGUGGCUAGACGCGGCCAUCUCUUAGCCCUUCUACUUCCUCCACCUCCUCGCCGCCUUCUCCUACUUCGCGGCCCGCAGCGCGGCUGCCUCCGCCGACGACGGCGGGGAACUCCACGGCCGCCUCCUCCGCCGGGAGAUCCAGGCGGUGCUCGUGUUCCUCGUGCUCUUCUCAGUGAAGUGUCAAGCGUUUGCUGUGCUAUUCUCGGAGAUCUGACUUUAUCCUAGGAAGCCAUUGUUCUUAUUACUGAUCGAAAUCCUAACAUUCUUUGCAAAUGAGUGCUGGUGGUGCGUUUGGUGGAAAUCGGGGGGUGAGGCCUGUACCUCCUGAAAAAGGUGUAUUCCCACUGGAUCACUUGCAUGAGUGUGACUUGGAGAAGAAAGACUAUCUUGCCUGCCUGAAAUCUACGGGAUUUCAGUCUGAAAAAUGUCGGCAGUUCUCAAAGAAGUACCUGGAAUGUCGGAUGGAGAGAAACUUGAUGGCAAAGCAGAAUAUGUCAGAGCUUGGGUUCAGAAAUAUGGACGAAGUGGACGCUCUUGACAAGAACGGCAAACUGGAGAGCCCUCCUAGCAAGCCGAAAGAUAAUAAAAUUACUGUUUGAUUUUUGGCCUAGCUUUUGUAUGUUUCUUAUGCAGUCUUCAUACCAGGGGUUCUACCGGAAAAGAAUGAGGAAAAUUAUAGUACCCAUUUUGUUACUUUGCUAUUGGCUGUUUUGACGUUCCAAAGAAGCAGAUCAUGUUAUCCAUGCUUAUAGAUGGCUAAGGCAAGAUUAAGCGCUCUCAAGAAGUUGAUUUAUACAUUUUGGAAGAUGACAUGACUUCUUUUUUUUCCAUUUUAACUUGUUGCAUGCUUGUACGUUAGGCUGUUGUAUUUGUAUGUUAUAAGAUGUCUUGGAAUUCAGCCUA